AUGUGUGCCGGCGACGGCACCAGGGAGCGCUGCGCAUGCGCGCUGUGCGGCGCGGCGGCGGACGUGCACUGCGAGGCGGACGCGGCGUUCCUCUGCGCGCCGUGUGACGCCCAGGUGCACGGCGCCAACUUCCUCGCGUCCCGUCACCGCCGCCCGCGCGUCUCGCCGACGCCUAAGGGCGUGGGCGUCAUGUCCAGGACUGCUACGACGUCGAGCUCCUGCGUGUCCACGGCUGACUCCGCGACGACGGCGGCGCUGCACGGCAGGAAGACGACGCCGCCGCCGGCUAGGAGGCGCGCCGCGCGGGGCGAGGCGGUGCUUGACGGCUGGGCCAGGCGGAUGGGCCUCGAGGCGGGGGCGGCGCACCGCUGUGCAACCGCUGCCAGCCGCGCGAUCCGGGCCCAGGUAGCCGCGGCCAUGCCACACGUGCCGCUGCGUGUCGCGAUGGCUGCGGCGCUGUGGUCGGAGGUGGCGGCUCAUGGCGUCCACGAGCCCGGCGAAGCGCUCCGGCGCCUGGAGGCCUGCGCGCACGUGCCGGCGAGGCUCCUCGUGGAGGUGGCUCCGCUGUCGACGAUGGGGAACGCGCGCGGGAAGAAGAGGACGGCCGCAGUGGACGCCGCCGAGGACGGCUGGGGCGAGUGCUCGAUCGUGAGCCCACACAAAACACCAUCUUCUCCAAGACACGAGCUUCUCUUGUUCGUUUAG